GAUUCAUCCUCUAUUUGCAGUAUGAUUGCAUUGCUAUGCAGUAUGAGAUAUUGGCAUUUUGAAAUGAGACCAACCUAUUGACUUGUGAUUGUAAGGGACUCCGCACAGCACUAAUGGCAGACAAAACACAAUCCUGGUUUUACUAGAUAUAUCAGUGAUAAACGCACAGAUUCAGGACUGACAUUUCUAGCUCUAUCUGAACACACUGUUAUGUGUAAAAGGAGAGAGACCAAGUACAGGCAUCCUGUUAGUGUGUGUUUCCAGUUGAGUUGGGUAGACAUAUCUCUGUACAGCCCAUCUAAUAUACGUUAAGCCCAUCAUUGGAAGUUAAACUGAAGGUAUGCAGCUUGCCUAUGUACAGUACCAUUGGAAAAGACAAGAAAGCGAUGAGUUUUACUGCCUGUUUCAGAAAAUAAAUUUAGCCCAAUAAUUUGGUCUAGUUCAGUUCAAGAUAACUACUUAAAUAAGUUUCUUGACAGCCUGUGUGCCACUCAGAAGAGUAAAGGGGACGACUAGGUUUCUGGACAAUGCAGUUCAAUAGUUGACUGGACACCUGACUGGUGGGGAGAAACAUGCUGAUAAAGGAGUACAGGAUCCCCCUUCCUCUCAGUGUAGAGGAGUACAGGAUAGCUCAACUGUAUAUGAUACAGAAAAAGAGCAGAGAUGAAAGCAGCAGCUCAGGCAGUGGUGUGGAAAUUAUUGUUAAUGAGCCCUACAAGGAUGGCCCAGGAGGAAAUGGACAGUAUACUUAUAAGAUAUUUCACAUUGGGAGCCAUUUGCCAGGUUGGUUCCGUGCUAUCCUUCCCAAGUCGGCCCUGAGGGUGGAGGAGGAGGCCUGGAAUGCUUAUCCCUAUACCAAAACCAGGUACAAGUGUCCUUUUGUGGAGAAAUUCCUCCUGGAGAUAGAGACCAAAUAUCUUGGUGAUGGAGGAGAGGUAGAAAAUGUGUUUGACCUGUCAGCUGCAGAACUGAGGAAUAGGACAGUAGAUAGAAUAGACAUUGUAAAAGAUCCCAUAUCCUCUGGCGACUAUAGGAAAGAGGAAGACCCUAAAUUAUUUAAAUCCAAGACCGGGCGAGGACCUCUCUCUGAUGACUGGCUACAAGAACACAUAGACCAGUCUAAGAACCCAGGUUCUUCAGGCACCAAGAUCAUGUGUGCAUAUAAGCUGUGUAAAGUUGAGUUUAGAUAUUGGGGAAUGCAGAGCAAGAUUGAGAGAUUCAUCCAUGAAAUUGGUCUGCGUAAGACCAUGCUGCGUGCACAUCGACAGGCAUGGAGCUGGAUGGAUGAGUGGUAUGGACUAGAACUCAGUGACAUACGCAGACUGGAGAAAGAAACACAGGAAACAUUAGCAAAGAAAAUGAAAAGCUUCAUGAAUGAGAAUGAUGACAGCAUUAUCAGUGACAGUAUCAGUAACAGUGUUACUCCAGCUAGGAGUUUACCUGUCAAUGAGUCCAGUGCUACUCUGACUGAGAGUGACAGUAUAGCCAAGUCCACAGAGACAUUGACCAAGUCCACUGGGAACCUUAGUGAGGGCUCCAGUACUCCCACCACCCCGGUUAGGCGCAUUUCCACAUCUGGGACUGCUAAGAGAAAGUCCUGGGAAAAUGCCGCAUCUGCAUCCAGGCGCUCACAGAGAAGUUCAUCUCGUAGCAUGUCAGACUGGGUGGUGGAGAAGAUAGAGGAUCUUGCAGACACCUCUGAUGAAGAAUUCUUUGAUGCACAAGAGGAAUUUGCAGAGGAUGCCAACACGGCAGUCUCUGGUGUUGUGAGGACCAGUAGUAUGGAGGCCCUCUCAUCUGGUGACCAUGCUGGCAAACUAGCCCCUGAUGAAAUCCUGGAAGAGGAAUACUUGGACAGUAUAGACUGUCAGAUGAUCCAUGAAGCUGAGGAUGCUGAUACUCUAGGAGAAAGUACAGAUUCCACAUUUAGUCGUCGCCUAGAGCAAUUCCAGUCCAUGAAAUCGAGACCUAAGAGGUCUGACCAUUCCCCUCCGAACACUCCAUCCUCCAAGUUAUCACCAUCACCCGUGUGCAACACAAAUGUUCUCUUUCUGGUGCUCCAUGGAGGCAGCAUCCUAGAUUCUGGGCAGUUUGAGCUUGGCUCUCAGCGUUCAGAUAUCAGCACGCUACGAGGGACUUUUGAUAAAGUGAUCAGAGCACAUUAUCCCGCCAUGUAUGGUCAUCUGGCUAUACGACUUGUUAGAUGUCCCCUCCUGUGUGCCGAAACCUUGCAGAUUUUAGAAAGCUUAAGCCCAUUUGGUUAUGACAGUCAGCGCAGCAAUGAUGACACAUCUCCUUACCUGACAGACAAUCUUCCCCUUGGUGCCAUUUCUCUGUUUGCUACGUCCAAUGCAGAUUACCAGGACCAAGUAAUUCAGGUGAUUGCUAGAGCCAACCAGGUCUACAACGACUUUCUUAGGUCAGAGGAGGGGAAGGGCUUCAAUGGACAGGUGUGCAUGAUAGGAGACUGUUCUGGUGGCAUCUUUGGCUAUGAUGCUUUAUGUUAUGCUUCACAAUCACUACUUAGUCGCACAAACAGUCGUCACGGAAGCCACUCCAGUCUAACUGAAGGGGAUGACGAACCUGUACAGAAAUUAAAUGUAGAACCCGAUAGGAGACUCAGUUCUAGUAACCCUGACCUAACUACCGAUGAUCCCAGAGCAACAUAUAAGCGGGCACAAAGUGACAAUCGUGGUAUAUCGAGUAAUGAGGAUAAACCAUUGCAGCAUAAGCCUGUCAUGAGACAUUUAUCACUGCCACCUACAAGGCGGAUCAGUACAGGGAGCAGUCAGACAGAGGGAAACAAUGACCUUAAAUUAGAAUUUGAAGUGACUGAUUUCUUCUUGUUUGGUUCUCCUUUAGCUUUGGUACUUGCAUAUAGGCGGAUAAACAGCUGGGAUGAGAAACACAUUCCUCCUCUGAAGCCUUCCUGUCUCCAGCUGUACAACCUUUUCCAUUCAUCAGAUCCAUCUGCAGCAAGGUUAGAGCCGCUGCUAGACGACAGAUUUAGACAGGUGCCCCCUGUAAAGAUAUCUCGAUAUUCCAAAUUUCCACUGGGUGAUGGACAGUCUCUUCAUGUUGUGGAGACAGUGCAGACCCAGAGUUCAGUGUUUUUGGCACAAGAGGGCACUGUUAGCUCUCCAAGAGGAGCCCCCAUGGACAGGCGUGAAAGCAACAUAAGUAUGGUCAGUCAGCUUUCUGGCCAGGCUGACCCGGUCAUCUCUUCUAUAGCGUCAGUUGUGAGCAAGUGGUGGGGCAGCAAGCGUCUAGACUAUGCUCUCUACUGUCCUGAAGCAUUGAACAGUUUCCCUGUCAAUGCUCUACCUCACUUAUUCCACUCCAGCUACUGGGAGUCCACAGAUGUUGUGGCUUUUAUUCUUAGACAGAUUGUGCGCCAAGAUGACAUGUAUGCAGCGUCUGAGACAACAAAGGAUGCUUCAAUAUUUAGACCUCCACAGCCUAGAGAGAAGUGGUUACACCGGAGAACUACUAUCAAAGUCAGAAAUGUAGGUCCAAAUCACCGUGGUAAUGACACUAUAGUUCAAGAAGAUAGGCCUCAGGUUCUUGCUGCGAGGUUUAUGUAUGGACCCUUAGACAUUGUACAAUUGUCAAGGGAAAAAGUUGACAUCCAUGUGAUGACACAGCCACCUUCAGGAGAGUGGCUGUACUUUGGCACUGAGAUAACAGACAGCCAUGGAAGAGUCUCAUUUAAAAUUCCUGAGGACAAACGUCUCAGCCAGGGAAUGUAUCCUGUUAAAAUGGUAGUCAGAGGUGACCAUACUUGUGCAGACUUCUACCUGGCAGUUCUCCCACCAAAGACAGAAGCUGUAGUAUUCAGUAUUGAUGGCUCUUUUACAGCCAGUGUGUCAAUCAUGGGAAAAGACCCCAAAGUCAGGGCUGGAGCUGUAGAUGUAGUCAGGCAUUGGCAGGAUCUAGGCUACUUGAUAAUCUAUGUGUCAGCCAGGCCAGACAUGCAGCAGAAGAGAGUGGUGUCAUGGCUAGCACAGCACAACUUCCCCCAUGGGAUGGUCUCCUUCAUGGAUGGGCUUUCUGCUGACCCUCUCAGGCAGAAGACUCAGUAUCUAAAAAAUCUUGUCAGUGAGGCAGAGAUCUCCAUCCAUGCAGCAUAUGGCUCCAGUAAAGACAUUGCAGUUUAUCAGGCAGUGGGCUGCAAGCCAGAACAGAUAUAUAUUGUUGGCAAAGUGGCAAAAAAGUAUUACCAACAGGCCCAAGUAUGUUGCCCCAAUCACAAAUAUUUUAUUCUGGCAGCCAUCUCUGAGCUGCAAAAAAGUUGGGGGGAAAAUGAUGCUUGUUUAUGAUGUUGGCUUAGGCAGAACAUUAUUUGUUUAGUUUUUUUAAAAGAAAACAUUUUCUCUUAACUAUAAUAUGAUAGUCAGUUCAUAGCAUCAAUAUUUAGAAAAAUAUAUCAAAUUAUCCUCAACUUAACCAUGGUAUUUCAGAUCCUGGCAGAUGGUUAUGCUGCACAUCUCAGUGACCUGAUCCUACACGGAGCUUCUCGCCCUGCAGUGGGUAAUGCACGUAUGUUUAUUCGCAAGAGUUGCUUCAUGUUGCCAGGCCAGAUGAAGACAUCAGGGAAGAAGCAGGCAGCUCGCAGGAUGUCAUCAUUCCCCAACCAGCCAGCAUUAGAGAUUCCAGAGGACAGCACUAUGCCGGCCAUAGGGGUCAGUCAGUCUGGGAACACCGUGGUGGAUGCAGGGCAGCUAGGGGUGGGUAAAGUUCGAGCCAGGGGAGCAUCACCAAGGGGGAAGAAUAGAGGUUUUGAGACUGGGGUCUAGGUUUAGAGGAGUUGCAGAAAGACCUAGCAUCCUAUGGGAUUGGAAUCUGACUGGUGAUUAAGUUCAGCUGUUUAGUGGUUGAGAUGGUUGAAAACUCUGAGGUUGGAUUGUUUGACUUCCUUUUGGGAUAAAACCAAAUUUUCCUACCCACACUUUCAGGGAGAAAACUCUGACCUUAUGAAUGUGGGUUAAGGUCAUCUCCUGGAACGAAAGGAACACAACAUUGAUAAAAGUUUAACUAUGGUUGUGAGAUGCAGGAAUUAUAGACAGCCAUUUUGAUGGAUUGACAAGUUGAUUACAGACACAAUGAUUUUAGGAAAGAGACUAUUUAUAAGAAUUGUACAUGGAAAAUCAGCAAAUAUGUUUGUUUGUAGCCCAAACCAAGUGAUGAGCCAAGAAGUUUUACAUGGAGUUUUACAUAAAGCUUUUAGUAAAUCAUGCUUCAUUCAGGAACUGAGAAACAUACUCUCACAUUAAAAAAAGUUCUGGACUCGGUGUUAUGUUGUUACAGAGUAUAUUUUCGAUGGUUGUUUCGUCACUAAUUUGUUUUGUCUGUUCAAUAAUGAAAAUGUGUAAAGAAGUGAAUAAUGAUAUUCUUUUUAUGUAAUAUUGAUUUCAUUGCAUAGUUUGAGUUGUUAUUAGUAACUUGUUCAGUACAAUCAAUAAGGAUCUUUCAAAAAUACUUGCAGUGUAAACACUAAUUUAUGCUAAAAGCAAAUUCUUUUUGUUAAAUUAAGGAUGUGAAAAAAAAGUGAGAGAUAUGAAAGGGGUCUGUACUAAAAGGUCAAGAUUGAUAUAAGUUACAUUUAUAAAUUUUGCCAUGAAUUUAGUACUUAAUUCUUAGCAUUGGUAAUAGUAUAGUUAUAAAAACAUGGCGAUUAAAUGCGAUCCAUGGGGGAUGCACUGUUUAUGGACAGGCACUUUUGGCUGUUUUUUAGCCAUCCCUUAUGUCUGUCACAUCAUUCUGUGCACUUUUUGAUCACCCCAUUUUUAAUGAUCUUUCAUGGUAGAACACUAGUCCAAUUAGUUUAUUGAUUAAGAUAUUUUUUUAUUUAAAUAGUCUUAACCUUCUAUACUUCUAUUCUUAUCAAGGUUUUAUGAUCUUCAUCAAAUUUACAUGUCAGUUAGUUGAAGUACUGUACAUUUGGCAGAUUUUGCUGCUUGAUCUUUAAUAUGUGCACAUUGUAAUUAGUUAUGAAAAUAAUAGGACUUUUUAUAUUUUAAUUGAGGAUUUUGGUCAGUAUUGCUCUGGUGGAAGUUACUUUUGAUCCAUCUUUUAGUCUGUCUCUCAGUUGUGCUAACAAUCAUGACUUGAAAGAGUGGAAUGUUUUCUUUUAAAACAAUAGAUAAUAAAGAAUUUUUACAUAUUCUGAGUUAUGUGAAUUAAAAAUGUUCAUAUAAAUUACAAUAUUAUUUUUAGCUCCAAUUAUUAUAUUUCAUUUUGUUAAUGAUUAGCAUCAUGGCUACAAUUUCAGGCAACUGUUCAUAUAAUAUUGGGUAUUUUUUUCCAAAAAGUAUGUAUGUUUAUCUAAUGAAUAUCAUAUAUAUAUAUAUAUAUAUAAAUGCUUCAAUUUUCUAUGUAUCCAGUUUAUAUAUGAUUGUUAACUCUAUCUUUCUCCAAGUUGGCAGUUUUUUCUUUGACAAUGUCAAAGAAAUUGGAAAAAUUAAUAUAUCAUUUGAAAAAAUAGUUAUUAACUGUUUGUGUGCUAUGAAAUCCCCCUCCCUUAUUUCUGUUUACUCUUCCACUUAAGACUGUACCAAAAAUAAAGUAUUGUAUUGAUAAGGUAUUAUUUUUGUAGUUUUAUGUUAUUGUACAUGUUGCUUGAAUGUACAUUGUUUGACUAUUUAAAAGUUCAGAGUAUAUGUACAUACAUGGAUAUGUAAUAAUUUCACCUUUUAAAUUAACCAUGACUAGGUUUAAUCACCAGAUGAGAAAAGCAUUAAUUUACAUCAUAAACAGUUGUUAAAGUGAUAUAUGUAUGAAUGUGAUAGGUGUAAAAUUGGUGCUGUACAGUGUUCAUUAUGCUCAGUAGAAAUCCCAUUUUGCAGGUGAAGCUCAUGCUUUGUACCAGUUUGACGAUCACUCAUGUAUCACAAUGUCAAGUUUUCAGAAUCACUGUUGAAAGUGUUUUUUGCAAUAUUUAACACGAAUAAAUGUCUCAUCAGAUGAGGAA